AUGCAGCCUGGGACCAGGACUCCCCACAACCACCAAGGGCUGUGUGCGCCCUGUGUGUCUGUUCUCUUCCGUCCCCUGCCCUGGCCACUUUCGACUGGCCUUCUCUCUCUCUCUCUGCCUGUGUCGCUCUCUUGCUGUCUGAGUCUCUGUGUCCCUGCCUGUGUCUCUGCUACUGAGUUACCGUGGGCCCAGUCCCCUCCCGGUGCCUGUCCCCCGACACUGAGUGACUCUGUUCUCUGUCUCUCCCUCCUCCCCACUUCCUGCAGGAAGCCCCCCGGCGACGGCGGUGGUGGUGGAGGGGGCAGCGGGGGCGAGGCCGUCCCUAGGGCUGGUCCGGAGGUGAGGCUGGCAGAGCCGGUCCCCUCCCGGCCCGCUCCGGGCCAGCCCCCUCACGGUCGGUCCGGGGCCAAGGCAGCCGUGGCCCUGGGGCCCCUGGCCAAGGGAGCCAGCCUGGACCAGCUCAUCGACACCUGCGUCCAGGCCUUUGAUGCUAACGGGAGCCCGAGCAGCAGCAGCAGUCCCCUGCUCCAGGCCACACUGGCCAUGCACCGCAUCGUACUGCCCUCCGCCGACCUCCUCCACAGACUCGCCACUCGAUACCAGGAGGCGUUGGCCAAGGACUCGGCUGAGAUUUGCCUGCAGGUCUGCUACUUUAUCUGGUACUGGAUCACCGAGUUCUGGAUCACGUUCAAAACAGACCCGGAGCUGGCUCUGGCCCUGGACCGCUUCCAGGCCUUGGUGAAGGCAGCAGGCCAGGAGGCCCAUGCCCGCCUCGUCGACACGGCGCAGAUCCACGCCCGAGACUGGUCUCAGAAGCUGACGCACAGAGUCCAGCCCAACACCAGCAAAAAGCGCAAAGUCUCGCUCCUGUUUGACAACCUGCAGCCCCAGGAGUUGUCGGACCACCUGACCUACCUGGAGUUCAAGUCCUUCUGCCGGAUCUCGUUCUGUGACUAUCAGAACUACAUCGUGAGCAGCUGCGUGCGGGACAGCCCGACCAUGGAGCGGUCCAUCGCCCUGUGCAACGGCGUGUCGCAGUGGGUGCAGCUUAUGGUGCUCAGCCGGCCCACGCCACAGCUGCGGGCCCAGGUCUUCGUCAAAUUCAUCCACGUGGCACAGGGGCUCUACAAGCUGCAGAACUUCAACACGCUGAUGGCCGUGGUCGGGGCCCUGAGCCACAGUGCCGUCUCUCGGCUCAAGGAGACCAGCGCCCACGUGCCCCCCGAAGCCAGCAAGACGUUGGGCGAGCUGACGGAGCUGUUGUCGUCGUGCCGGAACUACGACAGCUACCGGCGGGCGUUCGGCAGCUGCGGCGCCUUUCGCCUCCCCAUCCUGGGCGUCCACCUCAAGGACCUGCUGGCCCUGCACGAGGCCCUGCCCACCUACCUGGACGGGGCCCGGGUCAACGUCCACAAGCUGCUCACCCUGCACGGACACAUCAGCGAGCUGGUCCGCCUGCAGGACACCCCGCCGCCUCUCGAGGCCAACAAAGACCUGGUGCACCUGCUCACUCUGUCGCUGGACCUAUACUACACGGAGGAUGAGAUCUACGAGCUGUCGUACGCCCGCGAGCCCCGGACCCACCGUGCCCAGCCCCUGACGCCCUCCAAACCCCCCGUGGUGGCCGACUGGGCCUCGGGCAUCUCCCCGAAACCCGACCCCAAGACCAUUAGCAAACACGUGCAGAGGAUGGUGGACUCCGUGUUCAAGAACUAUGACCACGAUCAGGACGGCUACAUCUCGCAGGAAGAGUUUGAGAAGAUUGCUGCCAGUUUCCCCUUCUCCUUCUGCGUGAUGGACAAGGACAGGGAGGGGCUGGUCAGCCGGGAGGAGAUCACGGCCUAUUUCAUGCGCGCCAGCUCCAUCUACUCCAAGCUGGGCCUGGGCUUCUCCCACAACUUCCAGGAGACCACAUACCUCAAGCCCACUUUCUGUGACAACUGUGCCGGAUUCCUCUGGGGUGUGAUCAAACAGGGCUACCGCUGCAGAGACUGCGGGAUGAACUGCCACAAGCAGUGCAAGGAUCUGGUGGUGUUUGAGUGCAAGCGGAGGGGGCAAGGGCCAGCCGGCCCCACGGAGACCAACCCCCGGCCCGGCCUGGCACCCAACCUUGGCAGCCAAGAGCCGCUCCCCGGAGCCGAGGAGGGGCCGUUCCCCAACGGACUGGAGGAGGGCAGCCGAGACAGGACCAUUAUGCUCAUGGGAGUGUCGGCCCAGAAGAUCUCUGUGCGCCUCAAGCCAACUGUGGCCCACCGGGGCACGCAGACCAACCCAGGCGGCCCCGAGGUCCCGGGCAGGCCACUCGCCCCCUCGUCCCCCUCCCCACCUUCCCUCUCCUCUUCCCCUUCCCCGCAGAGGUCACCCCUGGAGACGCUUUGCCUACCGCCCAGUCCUCCCUCGCCACGCCCUCCGUCCCCGUCUCCAUCCCCAGGACUUAGCCGUCACCGCCGGGCCUUCGCCAAGUGGGACAACAAGGCAGUGGUGGCCAGGGCCAAGGAGGAGCUGCGGCAGCUCAGGUUCCCCAGCUACCGGGAACUGGAGCAGGAGAACCACGCGCUCAAGGCAGACAACGAAGCCCUGCGGUUCCAGCUGAGACAGGCCCAGCACAAAAUGGAUGCCCUCUUACUCUCCCACGGCCCACAGCCCCUCGACCCCGGGGGCGGGCAGCUCGCGGGUGAGCUAGAUGGACGCAAUGUCCAGGCGCCCUAGCCCUGGGGCCGCCCGCUCCAGGCUGGACUAGAUGGACAGAUUUGGCUGGCACCGAGGACAGAGACGGC